AACCCUUCUUCUUCUUCUUCAUCCCCUCGCCCCGUGCGCCGCGCCGUCGCCGGAAAGGAGCCAUGCAGAUCUUCGUGAAGACCCUGACGGGGAAGACGAUAACCCUCGAGGUCGAGUCGAGCGACACCAUCGACAAUGUGAAGGCCAAGAUCCAGGACAAGGAGGGCAUCCCCCCCGACCAGCAGCGCCUCAUCUUCGCCGGGAAGCAGCUCGAGGACGGCCGCACCCUGGCCGACUACAACAUCCAGAAGGAGUCCACCCUCCACCUCGUCCUCCGCCUCCGCGGCGGCGCCAAGAAGCGCAAGAAGAAGACCUACACCAAACCCAAGAAGAUCAAGCAUAAGAAGAAGAAGGUCAAGCUCGCCGUCCUCCAGUUCUACAAGGUCGACGACUCCGGCAAGGUCCAGCGCCUCCGCAAGGAGUGCCCCAACGCCGAGUGCGGCGCCGGCACCUUCAUGGCCAACCACUUCGACCGCCACUACUGCGGCAAGUGCGGCCUCACCUACGUCUACCAGAAGGCCGGCGGUGAUUGAAGGGCCUAUGCUGCUCGUUGCCCUUUUUCUUUUAGCGUCUAUUCGUUCCAUGUUUACAGCUUUCGAGGAUUUACAUAUUCCCUUCUGGAUUUUGAUUGGUGGUCGCUAAGUCGAGACGUUUUCUUUUCGAUGAAUACAUUUGCUCGUUAUAAUCGGUUCUUGUUUAUGUUUUCU